AUGAAGAAAACGCAAAAAUGGGGAAAUCGCAAAUAUGGGAAAAUUACUAGUAUUGGAAUCUCGCAAUUAUGGGUAAAUCGCAAAUAUGAGAAUAACGGAAAUAUGGGAAAAACGCAAAUUUCGGAAAAACGCAAAUAUGGGAAAAACGCAAAUAUAGGAAAAACGCAAAUAUGGGAAAAACGCAAAUAUGGAAAAAACGCAAAUAUGGGAACAACGCAAAUAUGGCAAAAACGCAAAUAUGGGAAAAACGCAAAAAUCGGAAAAUCACGGAACCGCAAAUAUGGGGUAUGGAGAAGCGCAAAUAUGGGAGAAUCGCAAAUAUGGGAGAAGCGCAAAUAUGGGAGAAGCGCAAAUUUGGGAGAAGCGCAAAUAUGGGAGAAGUGCAAAUAUGGGAGAAUCGCAAAUAUGGGAGAAGCGCAAAUAUGGGAGAAGCGCAAAUAUGGGAGAAGCGCAAAUAUGGGAGAAGCGCAAAUAUGGGAGAAGCGCGAAUAUGGGACAAGCACGAAUAUGGGAAAAACGCAUAUAUGGGAAAAACGCAAAUAUGGGAAAAAAGCCAAUAUGGGAAAAACGCAAACAUGGGAAAAACGCAAAUAUGGGAAAAACGCAAAUAUGGGAAACACGCAAAUAUGGGAAACACGCAAAUAUGGGAAACACGCAAAUAUGGGAAACACGCAGAUAUGGGAAAAGCGUAAAUAA